AUGAACGCGCAGCAAGAUACCCCUAAAGUUAAAACAAUGGAGGGUAUAAAUCGCGCUUCAAUGUACCGAGGGAUGGUGAAAACAAUUUAAAGGAGAUACAUGCAGACUAUGAAUCGCAACCGUAAGAUUCAAGAGAACCAUAAGCAGACUUAAAUUAAUUCAAAGAUAUGGAAAAACUUUAAGCUAGUUGUUAAAAUUUCUCAAAUGACAUUUAAAGCCUUCAUCCAGAUUCCAAGUAAGAUUAUCUAUAACAAGAAGAAAUCAUACAAGAUAAUUUGA